AGAAAAAUUGUUUUAUCACAAAGUAACAUUUAAAUUAUACACAGUUACUAUGUUCAUAUAUCUUGAUAACUAAGAAUUAAGUUUUCAAUACAGCAACAAUAUUGCGACGGACACAGUCAUAACAUCGAGAUAACACACACAGAAUUACAUAAACCAUCCAAGGUUGUACACAAAAUGUUAUAACUCAAACAUGUAAACAAAAUAAGGCGGCUACUGAUAAGCGAUGAUAAAGUUAUCAGUAUUAAACUGAACACAGUCAUACACGGACGUAUAUACGAUAGUAGAGAAUUCGCGAUAAACACAAUAUCAAAAGGAAAAAUGGAUCAAAUAGACUUAAGUGGCAAAGUGGCGAUAAUAACUGGCGCAAGUUCUGGGAUAGGAGCAGAAACGGCAUUUGUAUUUGCAAGAUUCGGAGCUAAACUAGCUCUAGUUGGCCGAGAUGAAGUGAGACUCUUGGAGACAGUCACCAAAUGUUUAGCAAUAAACGACGUCGUACCAUUGUGGAUACCACUAGAUCUAGCCCAUGAAGGAGUCUGUGAAACAGUGGUACAAAGAACAAUAGAGACGUAUGGAAGAUUAGACGUACUAGUCAACUGCGCAGGAAAAGUGGCAAUAUCAUACCUCAGCGACAAGUCAAUGAAAGUAUUCGACGAUCUGAUGAACGUGAAUUUCCGAGUACCAUAUCACUUGUCCCAGUUAUCGUUGCCGCAUUUAAUAAAGACGAAAGGGAACAUAAUAAACAUAGGAUCUUCGAUGUCGAAGCGGACCCAGAAAGGGAUGUUGGGAUACACGGUAGCGAAAGCAGCUUUGCAAAUGUUCUCAAGACAAGCUGCGUUUGAGCUCGCUCCAUUAGGAGUGAGGAUAAACUCAAUAAGCCCGGGGCCUACAAAUACGAAUAUUGUGGCUAACCUUAUCGUUCACAAUCCACAGUUAAUGGAUGAGAUAAAUAGUGUUGUAAAAGAAUCUUCAUCAUACGGGAAAUAUUUGGAUCCAAAGGAGAUAGCUCUGUUGAUAUGUUUGACAGCAAGUGAUGUGUUUCCCAGUUUAAACGGUUCGGACAUACUGUUUGAUGGUGCUGCCUCUAUGGCGUGAUUUUCGUUGUUUUUAUUUGUAUGUGCUAUAAGUGAUUUGGUUGUGAAAAUAAAGGAUGUUUUUACGUUAA